CCUUUAAAAGCCGCCCACCCUGCAAGCUCUGGCGGACGCCGCGGUCCCCGCGCACCUGUGAUCCUACGCUGUCUGCUCGCGAACCGCUCCGCCGCGCUCGAGGCCGGACUCGGCCGGCUUGCGCUCUCGGUGGCUGGACCCGCUCGACAGACGCGCUCUCCAUGCGGCCGCCAACCAUGUCUGGGCACUGUUUGCUCGCGCCCAUCCCCGAGUCCUCCUCCGACUGCCUCCUGCCCAAGGACAUCAAGCUGGCCGUGCUGGGCGCCGGCCGGGUGGGCAAGAGCGCAAUGAUCGUGCGCUUCCUGACCAAGAGAUUCAUCGGCGAUUAUGAACCGAAUACAGGCAAAUUGUAUUCACGGCUGGUCUACAUAGAGGGAGACCAGCUAUCCCUGCAGAUCCAGGACACCCCCGGGGGCAUCCAGGUCCAAGACAACCUGACCCAAGUAGUUGAUUCCCUGUCCAAGUGCGUGCAGUGGGCAGAGGGCUUUCUGCUGGUCUACUCCAUCACAGACUACGACAGCUACCAGUCCAUCCGUCCCCUUUACCACCACAUCCGGAAGGUCCACCCUGACUCUAGGGCCCCUGUCAUUAUCGUGGGCAACAAGGGAGACCUUCUCCAUGCCCGUCAGGUGCAAACGCAUGAUGGCAUUCAACUGGCCAAUGAACUCGGCAGCCUGUUCCUUGAAAUUUCCACCAGUGAAAACUAUGAGGAUGUCUGUGAUGUGUUUCAGCAUCUCUGUAAAGAGGUGAGCAAGCUGCACAGCCUCAGCGGGGAGAGGAGGAGGGCCUCCAUCAUUCCCCGGCCGCGCUCUCCCAACAUGCAAGACCUCAAGAGGCGCUUCAAACAGGCUCUGUCUUCCAAAGUGAAAUCCCCCUCUGCACUGGGGUAAACCCAUCUCACACCAAUUUGGCUUUUUUUUUACUGUGCAUUUGUGCAGCUGAAAAAGACUGGGGACCUCCCUUUUUAAUUGCACAUUCAAAGUUUAUUUUUAUAAAGACUAUUGGUUUUCAAGUAUAUGUGUAUUUCUGAAAACCCAGUGAUUGCCUAGAAGUUGGUAGAGAUUUUUUUAAACAAAAUGAUUUUUUUUUUUUUACUCUAACCGCUAGCCACUUUUCCAUUAAAGGCAAAAUGGCAACAUUG